UAGGAUACCACCGAGGAGACUCACAUCUUCUUUCAUCUCGUUACUCAGAAUACAUACCAUUCUGCCGAUAUAUUUCCCAAGAAAUAUAGGUACAAUGGAAACAAGUGUGGAUUUGGGCUUCCUGGAACCGUGUGAAGAGUGGCUGCUGGCGAACAAAUUUUUCCGUAGUAAAGUGGGCGGUAAGCCGGCCUGGUUGGAGCUGAAAAAUAUUCCAUCCCCGAAGGAUCUGCUGUGCGAUGAGUGUGGCGAGCCGUGUAUUUUCCUCUGCCAGGUCUAUGCUCCGCUCGAAGAGCAAGAGAGAUGCUUCCACCGAAUGCUGUUUUUGUUUGUGUGUCUAAAGGCAACAUGCUAUCAGCCCAAUCAAAAUAAAAACAUCAAGGUGCUCCGCAGUCAGUUGCCCCGGAGGAACGACUUCUAUGACUUUGAUCCACCGAAUGAAAAUGAACCUUCGGAAGCGAUUCCAUCACCGGUACCGCUGUGCGCUGUUUGCGGAUGCCGUGGGCCACAGCUUUGCUCCAAGUGUAAGAAAAUGAACUACUGCGGUGUAGUUCACCAGCGCAUAGACUGGAAGCAAGGCCACAAGGCAGCCUGUGGGACAACGGGAGAAAUUACGAGAUCCGAUUCGGACAUUCUGUUUCCCCAAUUUGAAAUUGUUAUGGAACCCGAGGAGAUUGAACCAACGGAGAAGCUCUCCGAGGAAGACAACGUCAAGAAGCAGAUGGAAGAAUACGAGAAGUUGGUUAAGGACGGGAAAAUCGGAGAAUUGAGCGAAGUAUCCGAAAACGAAAUGGAUACGUAUGCCGAGCAGGUUGAAGAUAGGCAUUUUGAUGAGUUUAAGAAGAGGAUUGCAUUCGAUCCGGAUCAGGUUCUUCGUUAUGAGCGAAAAGGGGAUCCCCUUUGGCAAUCACCGGUCGUUCCCAGUGAGAUUCCUUGCUGUGAACUGUGCGGUGGUCGGAGAGUUUUUGAAUUCCAGAUAAUGCCACAGCUGCUCAACAGUUUGAAAAACGAAAAUAUCGAUUGGGGAACGUUAACCAUUUUUACGUGCGAGCAAAGCUGCGAUACUGCUGACCGAUCGUACGCCAAGGAGUAUGUCUAUAAACAGGAUGUCAUCAGUACAGAACCAGUGAAUGCGCCAGAAACCAGUUCGUAGAUAAUACGUAUCACUCUGUUACCGUAUAUUUACUGUAUAAUAAAACAAACCCUGCGCCUUGUAUCCUUUCCUGCGAGGAUACAAGCUCAUCAAGAUUAAAUGCA